AUGCACUCUGCGGGCCACGACCGGUGCUCGGAUGGACCUGUUCGGCAGCUGCUUCGAAACAUAACGAAAGGAGCACUCCUGUUGGGCCUCGUCCGCGACUUCUCCCCGGGUGGACCUGCUCGGGAGCUGCUGCUUCGAAACAUAACGAAAGGAGCACUCCUACGUGGCCUCAUCCGCGACUUCUCCCCCGGAUGGACCUGCUCGGCAGCUGCUUCGAAACAUGACGGCACGAGCACUCCUGCGGGCCUCGUCCUCGCCAACGGGUCCAGCCCGCCCGCCCGGUCCCAGGAAACAAACAAACAACGAGCCACUGACCAACGAGCACGCGCUCAGACCCUCAAGCAGGCUGCACACAGACAGAACGACAUGCGUACAAUUGCACUCCACGGCGCUUUUUGUUGCCACCCCUCGAUGCUGCGCAAAACUCGGCCGGCCGGCCUCCAUCGGAAGCGUCCCCUGUGCACUGGGAUCAUCCAGAUUGGCCAGAAACCGGGCCCUAGCCCCCCGGUUACCCUCCUUGCCCCACUCACGCCCUUUCCGCGAAGUUCGGGUCUGCUAAACUACGACCCACGGAGCGGAGCGCAGUUAUGUUUAUCCUGGUCUAGCGAAGCCAAAGGCGAAGCGCACUUGCAAGCACCGUGCAAGAGCCCUGCUGGGGCUCGGAUGGACUUCCGCCAGGCCCUUGAAGCGGGAUCUUCGGCUUCUGCUUCCAGUGACACUCAAGAAGCCAUUUCCCAACAUCUGUACGACCUUUCACUGCAAGUUGCUUCUCUUGAACAGCAGUUGCGUGCUGUACGCGCAGAGCUCAGCGACAUCCAGCGCGAGCUCCGGGGCCUGGAAACUGAAAGGUACCAGCAUUCCCUCCGCCUGGGGUGGUUGGAAAGGCUUGUGCAGCGAUUGCAUCAGCUUCUUUUGCGGGGGAUGAGUGCUGAAGCUUUUUAUCCGGAUGAGGGGGCCGUCUCGCAGUCUGUUGAAUCAGGUCAGCAGGUCCCUCUGUCUGCCAUACCUGCCAGCCCAAUAUCUCCGAAUUCGGCUGUGUUUGAGGGCACACCUGAUCAGAGUCCCUUAGCGGCCUUCAUGAGCAGCCCCGUCGAGGGCGAUGAUCUUACUGAGGAGCAAUUGGGGGGCUUGAUGUCUCGCGAGGACACACAACUUCCCCCUGACGACGACCCGACUGCAGACCGUUUGGAACAGCAGCUUGCAGGCUUCAUUGCCUACGGCGGCAGCGCAGGUGAUUGGCAUGCCAUGAACUCAGGUUUCAUUCUUGCAAGGCAUUCCCGUCAGGCGAUGCCGUGGGAAAGAGUGACGAGGCCCCGCUUGGGGCCCGGCUUCAUGUUCCAGGAGCCGUUGCUAGGUCGUUUCGACGGUCUUAGGAGGGCGGCGAUCCCCGCCCCUGCAGCAGGGCCGUGGGCAUGGGUGCCCAAAGGAACUUACGAGGCCAGGCGACUUCUCGCAGCCAGGUUUGCCAAAAGCGAUGACAUGCUUAGGCUUACCGCACUAAAGAAAAUUCGGCUCAUCGUGCUUUUCUUCCCGGAUGAUUCGGAGCUUGGAAGGAACCUCGUGGGUUCUGCAGGCUCCCUGGUGGAGGAAUCCAUGCUGACCUCGACCAUCGAGGACACUUUUUCAGGCAGAGCCGCCAGCACCCUUCUGAAGCGUGCCUCAGAUUUCUCAAGGUUUGCCAAGUGGAUCGUAGCUAGCAAAGGGCGCCCUCUGGCGCCUUCCGAGGGCGAGUUGUACGCUUAUAUGCUUCACUUGCGACGAGAGAAAGCAGGAGCCACUGCCGGCGAGUCUUUUCUCAAGGCCUACAAGUUCUUUGUGCACUUGACAGGGGCUGCGCAAGGCUCCAGGAUUUCCCCUCGUGUGCAGGGAGCAGCCAAGGCGAUGUCCAUGGCCAAACGGCCGCUCUGGCAAGCACUGCCCCUUCCGGUGGAGGCAGUGCGGCUCUUGGAAGAAUUCGUCCACGACUCCGAGGAUUAUGCCAGGGCUAGCAUAGCAGGGUUCAUUCUUUUCUGCCUCUACUCCUCGGCUCGAUGGUCGGAUGCGGCUCGAGGGACUGACUUGAGCAUUGACGUGGCAGGCAACGGGCUUGUCCUUCUUGAGUGUUCGACAAAACAUUACAAGACGAAGGCCAAGGACCGAAAGGAUACCGUGCUGCCUUUGAUUGCACUGGGCAGUGGCUUAACUCAGCCCUCAUGGGGACGUGUCUGGAUGCGCAAGAGGGCCCCGGCAGGGCUACCAGACUGUGCCGUAAUCAUGCCGGCCAUGUCGCCGGGAGGGAACUUUCUAGGAAGGGCCAUGACGGCUGCGGAGGGUUCCUUGUGGCUUCGUGAGUUUUUGCACUUGCAGGGUUUCGCGGGGGAUCUUGAACAGUACAGCUCGCACAGCCUGAAAGCAACCGCCUUGUCCUGGACGGCCAAGAGCGGGACCAUGACCUACGAGGAGCGCCUUACCCAGGGGCAUCAUUGCAGUCCAAAGCACGGCAUGGCUCUCCUGUACUCGAGAGAUGCGCUUGCAGAAAUCAUAGUGAAGGUAGCCAAGGUCGUGAGUGCUGUGAGCCGGGGAGUGUUUAGUCCCGACCUCCCGCGAGCCGAGAGGGUCGCAAGAGCUCUGCAUGGCGAUCCAGCAGAUUUUGCACAUCUUCCUGAGACGACGGCUGAGGAUUUACCGGCCGAAGAGCCUCAAGAUGAAAACAACUCCGAGGCCGGGUCUGACAUAACAAACCUCGACGGUCUCGAAGUGGACCUGGGGGCACCGGCCCCGGAGGAGGUCCGUCCUCGGCUCAGCUGCACGUUCUCGGGAGAGACCUACAUGCACGUCUUGAGUGGAGUGGUGCAUAAGUUGGUCAACCCCGGAAUUUUUAAGUGCGGAAGGAAGGUCACGGCGAACAUGCGUUUGAUGGGGCCUGAGGAGGCUCAGGAGAAUGUCUGCCAGCAGAUGUGCUCAGUUGAUCGUUUGCUGAUUUGCGACGUCGUGCCUAUGCCAUUUGAGAUGAGGGUGCUCGGGCCGAUUGAGAUCAGUGGGGUGUUUCUUGCUUCGGAGCGCAAAACCGGUCUCAUGGCCGGACUUGAAUCGGUGCCCGCCUUCACCGACCGAGCAAAGCAGAUCGGCAUCAGCGAGGAUCUUCUGACCAAGCUCCUUGCUAAGAGCUUGGACACCUUCGGCAAGCUAGCUUUCGUGUGCUCGAGCAAACCUUCCAGCGGGGAUGACACUCCUCUCUUCGAAGCCCUGAAGACUCUGAUUGGGAGUGAGGUUCCAGUGGAACAACAUAUGGUGAUCAGGCGAUUGUGGUACGAGAGCCACGCCCACGCCCUGGUUGACUUGGAAUCGAGGGCUUCGAGAACAAGUGAUACAAGCCCCCGCGAGCUUCCGUUGGCAGAACGCCUAACACGCUUGAAACGCCAAAGGGGGGCGCUUAAAGGCCUCGAGAUGGAUAUCCACACAGAACCUGGACACGGCCUUGUGGACCGCGUCCAGGCCAUGCUCGAUUCUGCACAAGUGCUGCACAUCGCACCGGAAAAGUGCAUUUCCCGCCAUGACGAGAUCCUGGGUGAGAAGACGGAGCAAAAGCUCUCUUUGGGAGCCGACGGGAACAUCAAGAUCACGAAGCAAGCCUCGAGUCUCCGGUGCGAGACUACCGGCGAGCUCAAGCUUCGCCGGUGCUUCCUGCGCCGGGCCUUAGCGUUCGAUCAAGUGGGGCUCGCCUCCUUCACUGCAAUGGAGUCUUGGCACAACCGCAUGUUCCAGGCUCUGCUUGAUGUGCCUCCGGCGGGUUAUCGCUACACUACCGUUCAGCAGCUGCUCGCAGCUGACCAGAAGCUUUGGCAGGUCGUGGCCCAGGAGAGCCGAGGUGACAUCGUCGUCGGGGGCGGAGCCCCGGCUCCUCUUGAUAAGCACAUAGCCGCUGCUGCAACCAAUCAGUUUGUGGUAUCCUGCCUGACCCACCUUCCUAAGCCUGCCGAGAACCAGGCCCAACCGUGGAAGCCGAAUAAGGGACCCGACAAGGGCAAGCAGAAGGGAGAGAAGGGUACCAAGGGCAAAGGCCGCGGCAAAGGGAAGCAGAAUCACAGCCAAGGCCAGGCUGAUGCAUCCUCGCAACCGUCCCUGAAGGAGCUGCUGGAGUCGUUACCCGAGGGCUGCGUGCGGGCCAACGAUGAUGGCCGUUUCAUCUGCCCAUUUUACAACAAGGGGAUCUGUCGCUUCCAGAAACGCAAGUCGUGCCGCUUCGGAAAGCAUGUUUUCGCCAGGCAAAUCUUAGCUCAGAGCACACCUGUUACCGCUGAGCAAGUGAUGAGGCUUUUUGAUGCCUUGCCGCAUGAGCAGUGCGACCGAGACGCCGAAGGGCGCUCCUUUUCGGCAGGGAUGUACUCUCGAGUUAAGGUGAGCCUGCGCAAAUCUUGUAGGCUUUUUCCACAAACGGUGCGCGUGGUGAACAGGUUUGUAGCCUCUUUGCUUGAUGGUGCCGUUUACACCAGUUUUGCCAUUUUUGAUCAGGUACGCACUCGGCAACACCGAGACAGUCAGAAUUCCUUUUCUCCGAAUUAUGUCAUUCCUUUGACCGUUUUCCAAGGGGGAGCUGUCAGGGUAAGCGAGCCAGGCCAGACUGUGGACUUGGAAGUGUCUCGCGGGCCCAUUAAAUUUUGUGCGCGAGGGUAUGAGCAUUGCACUCUGCCAGCCACCGGGCGCCGAGUUGUUUUGGUGCUUUUUGCUUUGCAGGCCGGAGAGCGGAUCUCCGGAGCCGACAAACAUGUCUUGCUUGAUUUGGGCUUCCCGUUGCCCAAUGCUUCGCAGUUGGCUUCAACUGAGGUCUGCUCGUCACUACAGCUUCCAGUGACUGAUCAGAUGCGUCGGAUUCUCCCCCUGAAAGAGCCAGCUCCGCCUGCCUCUGAGCAAAAAUCAUCUCCCUCGUCCGGGUCUUCGGAGUCCGAACAAGUUUCUUCGGAUCCCGGCGAUCCCAAAUCAGCGCCUUGUCCGGAUCCCCGGGCAGAUCAGCGAAGUGCCGCUUCCGCCUCGUGUGGGACCGUUGAGGGCUGCAACCCCCUGUCGAGUCAGGGCCCCUCUUCGGUCCUUCGUCCUCCCAUGCUGGCUGAUUGCCUUGCUGUCUCGGGCUCUUUAUCGGCCGCCGCCCUGCAGGCUGGUUGGGAUGCCUUGCCAUUGGGCCACAAACGUGGUGCCCCCGAGUGCUGUCCCCGAGUGCCGAUUGACCUCUCCGCGAAAGAUGAUCUGCAAACAUUGCUUGACUUUGAUCGACAUACACUUGUCGACUGGUGGCAUUUCAAUCUGUUCAUGAAAUCUUGCAAUCAGGGGCGUGAUUCUCGAGGACGUGCGAGCCUUCGUGACGCCUCUCACUUGCUAGGGCGCGCCGGCCUCCCUGCCCGAGCCGAUUCGCUGGUGCAGCAUGAAAACAGUUUACUGCAAGCCGUGGUCGACCUGCUAUUCCGAGCUUAUGAGACUCGGGCCCUGGUCAGCUUGAUCGGGCCGGCCCGGAGUUGGGUUUGGAGCCUCUUAGCCCACUUUGUCAAGCAGAGGCAGCAUCAGGACUUUCUGCAAUGGUUCUUCGCUUUGGCCGAUCAGGAGCUUGAUACUUGCAUGUUCGGUGCCCCAUUCUUGACAUCGCUGCGCAUCCGAGCUGACUCUUCAUCUUUCCCAAACCUUGGCCGUCCCUGUGAUAAGUCCCAUAAACACAUGCCUUGGAUUCCCCCUUCUGCAGGAACGGGUUUCAGUGAUGCCUCGCUGCCUGCUGAGCUGUGCCGGACCCUGUGUCGCUCCGCCACAGCGGUCUGCCGAGGUCUCCAGGUCCAAAGAGUCGACUUCCUGCAUAGCCGCCGGCUUCGAGCUCAGGUGCGAGCGGCAGCGGCCAACCAACCCACCUACAUGCCUCCCUUAAUCCCUGAGUUUCGGGUUAGGGUUCCUCUGUCCCAAGUACCGAGUGGAGCUGAUUACAAAAUACUCUCCAAAGGCCGCGGCUCUAGUGCGGGGGACAAUGAUGAGCCGGGGGAUAAUGAUGAGCCCAAUCCUUCUAAGAGGGUCCGGACACAAAGAGAUGGUAGAGCCGGAGAUCUGGCAGGUGUGUAUUUUUCCAUGGAGGAGCACCUGCAUCGCGCAUGUGGGCUAACCUGCCCAGCUGACAACAGUGCUCGUUUGCCCGAUGCUGUUCGCCGCAACAUUUUUGCCAUACUCACGGAAGGCCCAGUGGCUGUGUCAAAGCGGCGGAUGCUUGAACUGAAAAAAUUGAAUGACCGGAUGGCGGUGCUGUCUGCCACUGAGAAAGAGCUUCGAGCCAAAAUGCAUCCGGAUGUGGAGCGAGUCACUAAGGGCAAGGCCCUAGCUUUGUUUCGCGAGCUUCUUGAGGAAACAGGCUUUCCCGACAUGACAGUGGUUGACCUUCUUACCGACGGUGUGCCCUUAGUUGGUCAGGAAGCCGAGUCCCCUUUGUUUGCAAAGCGGCCGAAGCCCAUGGACCUUGGGCCAGAUCAGCUUAAAGCCCAGGCCCCACUGCGGCGGCGCGCAUUGCAGAAGAUGAAAGGACUUGUUUCCGAACAGGAUUACAAGGCGAUGAAAGAUGAGACUUCCGAGGAACUGGCAGCGGGUUUCCUCACGGGUCCAUACCACUCUGAGCAGGAAGUCAGCGACAUCUUGAAGACCGAUGCAUGGUCGCUCUCGCCUCGUUUCCUGUUGAGGCAGGGCGAAGACGCCAAGAUAAGGAUAAUUGACGACUUUAAAAUGUCGGCGGUUAACAGGGCCUUUGGUUCCUCGUCUUUCCUAGAGCUUCAGGAUACGGAUUACGCGGUCGGCCUCCUGAGGUUCCUUUCCCGUGUGCUGCAGGAUCGCUCCAAGGUCCGGGUCCCCUUGUCUGAUGGCACCGUGCUCGAGGGGAACUGGGAUCCCGAGAUGCUCCGCCAGCCCGCUCUGCUCGGCAAGACGUUGGACUUGAGUAAAGCCUAUCGCCAGGUGAGCAUCCAUCCUUCCACGAGGGAGCACGCUGUUCUUGGCUUCCCCGACCCGCAAGGCAAGUGGGAAUUUUACAUAGCCCAGAGCCUGCCUUUUGGAGCUGCUGCAAGCGUGUACGGGUUCAACAAAGUAGCACUUGCGAUUCUUCACAUCAUGGUUGUCAAGUUUGCUGCAAUCGCGACUGACUUUUACGACGACUACACUAUAUAUGAAUUUCGCCCAGCUGCAUUCCUGCUGGACAAGGUCCUGAUGAGGCUGCUGGACCUGCUAGGGUGGACCUACGCGAAGUCUGGGCGGAAGUUUGUGCCGUUUGACAACAAGGUGGUCUCCUUGGGUGUUUCUUUGGGCCUUGACGAGAUAUGGGGAGGCACUCUCAAGGUCGAGAACAAAGCGGGACGUCUUGAAAAGAUUGCAGAGCUCCUCCAAACAAUUGCCCAGGGGGGAGCUGUGACGAGAUCUGAUGUGGCCUCGCUGCACGGCUUGAUCAACUUCGCAGGUGGACUGAUUAUGGGCUUCGAGCUGAAGCCCACGUCGCGAAUGCUGUCCCGGGCCUUGUCGGGGCCUUUCCAAGGAAGUACACUCGAACUUCGACUGGCUUGUGCGUUAGCUCUGGAUGUCAUUGCGCAGUGCAGGCCAAAGCGGUGCCCGGCUACAAUUCUGCCGCCGAUUGUGCUCUACACUGAUGGAGCCUUCGAGAAGGGGCGAGGUACCUGGGGCGCGGUUCUUGUAGAUGCUUACACGGGCUCCCGAUGGGUUUUCGGGGGGGAAGUCUGCCAGCAGCUGAUGGGUCACUGGGGCAAGGAAGCUGGGGCCCAAGUGAUUUGUCAGGUUGAGGCCUAUGCUCUGGCAAUAACCUUGUUCGGGAUUCGCGGAGUGCUGAAAGGUCGCUCAGUCUUGGCAUGGAUUGACAACAACGCCUGCCUUUAUGGGUUCGUAAAGCGAUACUCCCCCUCGGCCUCCAUGAUGCGCCUCAUCUCCUUGGUGGCUUUGAUGGAGAGUUCCAUGGAGGCGCUUCUCUGGUUCGAGCGGGUCCCCUCUAAGAGUAACCCGGCGGACCUCCCGUCGCGGGGGCAGUUUGCAGAGGCUUGUGAGCGAUUUCGGGCCAUAAACAAAGGUGAUGUGGCAGCCACUGAUACGAUGAUGGACUUCGUUCGUGCUCCCCACUAUGAGCCUAAGCUGGCUCAGGCAAUCCUUACAUCGGCUAGGCUGGAAGCUGAUUGGGCACAGGAAGUGCUGCAGUGA